AUGUCGAGAUGCUGCACAUGCCCCGGUACAGGGGGCAGCUCGGGCACCACAGGGUCUCUUCCCCUUAUAUGCCUCGUACCCCGCGGCCAGGAGCACAAUGCAGCACGAACAGCCACACCUCGUACCACGGCGGGGGCAUCGAGCGCAGUAAAAAGUGACUUCCAACUUCUUGAUGAAGAAUACAUUAGGAAGAACUUCAAACUCCCCCAACGAGCUCUUUAUCUCGAUCCUUUCAGGCGACCGCUCAUAACGUUUCCAAUGACCCAAGAAGACGUUAAACAUUUCAAUUUAGCUCGAAAAUAUAAGAUCAAUCAACAGAUUCUUGACGGUUUCCUCGACCCGAGCGAAGCAAUAUCUGCACCAAGUGUUUUUCCAUACGCAAAGACCGAAACAGAAAAACGAAAAGAAGCAGAGGAUGAUGAGGAGAUUAUAUAUAUUCUACAAUUACCGGACUGGGAAUUUAAGUGUCCCGUACAUAACCAAACUAUUCGAACGCCUAGGUUUAUUUGGCAUUCGUGUCAAAAAUCUAAGAAAGGAAAAGGCGGUGAAUUGAAGCAAGGAAAAGGACCACUGAACAAACCGAAACCUUGGUUGUUGAGUAGACAUACUGACUUCGAUUUAUUGUCCCAAUGGUAGCCCAAGAAUAUUAAAAUUUGUUUUUAUAUGUAACCAGGAUAUUAAAUAUCGAUUUUUCUGCAAACUAAGUAUAUGACUGCGCUAUUAAAAAGUGAAAUAAAAAUAUAUUUCGGUCCGUA